CACUGAGUGAGGACGGGGCGGGCAGCGUGGCAGGGACGUGUGACGUGAUGCGCUGCGGCUGCUCCCGACCGGACGGCGAUCGGUACCUGGCGGUGUUUCACCUGAUGCACCACCUGCGGGAGUGCGACGAAGAGAGCGCCUACCACUACUCGCGGGCAGCCGCCACUCUGGCGGCAUUCUUGGCCGAGAAGACGGCGUUUUUCGGCGAAGAUAGUCCGCCAUCACAGCUCGACAUGUGUUGGACUGCCGCCAUCCUGCUGCGCCACGUUCUCCAGCUGGUGUGUAACGCGCAUGCGCCGACCAAGCUGAUCCCGGUGCCGACCGAAGGCAGCGUGGCGCAGCUGAGCGAGGAGCGCAUCGCCACGGCCAUCUAUCCGUCCGCCAGCUACAUGAACCACGCCUGUGAUCCGUCCAUUAUAAACAGUUUCUGGGAGCGCACCCUGAUCGUACGGAACGUGAAGCCACUGCGGGCCGGCGAAGAAGUGUUCCAUUGCUACGGGCCGCACCACGCCCGCGCUCCGCCAGACGUCCGGCGCCGGGAGCUGCAGGAGCAGUACCACUUCACCUGCCCGUGCCGCCACUGCACGCGGCCAGAGCUGCGCAGACGGUUGGAGGAGCUGAGCUCGCUGCGCUGCCUGGAAUGUGGUGGCGUCACUCUGCCGUCGGCGGCGGGAGGUCAGCCGCGUCUCUGCGUCAGCUGCGGCUACUCGGCCCACUAUGGGGCCCGGGAGGCCCGGCUGCAGCAGAUCCAGGCAGAGGCGCUCGACGUGUGUGACGCGGCGGCCUCGGCCGGUUCUGCCGAUCGAAGUCGUACUGCCCUGCGGCGGCUGGACGCCCUCCUGAGUGAGGCCCAGGGGCUGGCCAGCGCCACACACGAGGCGCUCCACGCCCUGCACGACCAGCGGGCCCGGCUCUGCACGCAGCUCGGAGAGCCGGACCGGGCGCUGGACAGUCUGCGUCGGAACGUGUCCAGCGUGGAGGCGCGGUACGGCACCGACAGUGUGGAGCUGGGUAACCUGCUGCUGACUGUCACCGACCUGCUGAUGGCGGCCUGGCGGGUGGCCGACACCGGGACGGCGCGGAGCAACGCGUCGCGGGAGCUGCGGAAGACAGCCGAGCGUGGCCUGGCUAUCUUCUCCAUUCACUACGGCUCGUGGAGCGGGGCGUACCAGGACCUGCGGCGGAAGCUGCUGACGGUGUCCCUCGCCGCCGGCCCGCCGUCCCCCUCCCAGUGAGUCCACCCGAGGCGGCGGCGCUGC